AUGGCCGACGACCUCAAAGCCUGGGUCGCCGACGCCCUCCACGCCGUCGCCGGCUUCUCCUCGUCCAGCGUAGCGUCCUACGUCGCGUCCUUACCCGCCAGGGCCUCCUCGAGAGACCAGCUCGCGGCACUGCUCAGAGAGGCCGACAUCAACGAUGCCAACUUCUGCGACGAAUUGUGGCAGCGAGCGAGAGGCUCGGCCGGCGCCCAAACCUCGUCCCAACAACCUAGACGGAGACGGCAACCUUUGCCAUCUUCGAACGAAGACGACACCACGUCGAGGAUAGAGCAGCUGCGAGAGAAACAACGAAGAAGAACGCAGCGCACGCAGCAGAUCGUGGACCCCGAGGCCCAGCGGAAGGACAACGCCCUGGACGAGGACCUGGAGGAGCGCGACGCACUAGUGCAAAGGAUGAGGGAAAGGGACGAACUUAGAACGAAACGAUUAGAAGCGGAGCAAGGGCUCAGUCAGCAGGAGAUCGCGGAGUUGGCCACGCGAGGGACCGUCGACCCGCUCGCAAGGGAAGAUGAUGUUAAAUUAAUGAGAAAGUUCGCGAGGCAGGCGUACCUCGACAAGUGGGAGGCGCGCUCGCGGCGUCCCGUCGUGUUGUGGUGGACUCGUGUCCGUCUCACGAUGCCGUGGGUCGUUUCUUUUUCGAGUUUGAGGCCGUUCGGACACCGCGAUGCUCCGCGCAGGCGAAGCAACUCGAUUUGCUCCAAGCGGAGGUCGACCAGGAGGAGCAGCUCUUCGGCGACGAGCAGCUCACGGCGGAGGAGAAGCAGCAGCACGAGCUGUCCAAAAAAAUCUUGGCGAUGGUAGGGGUGCGGCGUCCUCGAAUUUCGAACAGCUCGCGGCGACGGCGUCGCGGGGCUACGGAGUCGCCACCGUGCGAGAGAGACUCACCGCAACCAACGCAGGCCAAGGACCGCCACCGCUUCCAGAAAAAUGAUGAUGGCUAUAGGGUCCCGGACGCGUACGAGGAUCGCCCGAAGGAACAGUCGUUAGCUGAGGCUAGAGAAUCCGCCCUGAACCAGAGGUAUGAAGAGGAGGACGAGCCGCUGACGGAGCAGGAGCUCUGGGACCAAGAACAGCAGCGACGAGCCGGCUCAUCGAGGCAAAAAAAGAAGUCGAGGUAUGACGUUUCUGAUGAAGACUACGUCUUCGAGGACCACGUCGACUUCGUGAGGGAUGCGAUGUUACUCAAAGGAAAAGAUGACGUGAAGAAGGGCAAGAAGGCCGAUUUAGCGGUUCCGGAAAUAGAAAGGAGUUCCAGAGAUUCCAAGAAACUCGCCAAGCUGACGGCUCAUGAGGAGCUCUUGGCGGUGAGGAAGAAGCUGCCGGUCUACGCCUACCGGGAGGAGUUCCUCGAGGCGGUCCAAGAUAAUCAAGUGCUCAUCGUCGUCGGCGAGACCGGUUCUGGGAAAACGACGCAACUGCCCCAGUACCUCCACGAGGUCGGCUAUUCGAAGGUGGGAUGUAUUGGGUGCACGCAGCCGCGGCGCGUCGCGGCCAUGUCGGUUGCUGCUCGCGUUUCCAAGGAGCUCGAUGUGGUCCUUGGCAGAGAAGUGGGCUACUCCAUCCGGUUUGAAGAUUGUACCUCCCAGGACACGGUCAUUAAAUACAUGACGGACGGCAUGUAAUGCGGCGGCGUCCUGUUCGUCGAUGGCGCCGAGAGCGCGCCGUCGCGGGGCGCCGCGGCACCGUCGACGCGCGCGAGAGAGCACGCCAUCGCUGCGUUGUCUGCUCGACGGCGCGCGUGCGUCGCGUCGAUGGCGUCCAGGCGUAGCGAGGCGCCGUCGACGCGCGCGAGAGCACGCCGUCACCCUACAACGCCGCGCAGGCUCCUCCGCGAGUUUUUAGGAGAGCCCGACCUCCAGUCCUACAGCGUCAUGAUGAUCGACGAGGCGCAUGAACGUACUCUACAUACGGAUGUGUUGUUUGGCCUGAUAAAAGAUAUAGCACGGUUCCGGGAAGACAUCAAGAUCGUGAUAUCGAGCGCGACGAUGAACGCCGAGGCCUUUUCGACGUAUUUUGAUGAUGCCGCUAUAUUUAACAUUCCCGGGAGGACUUAUGAUGUGGAAAUUUUAUAUACGAAGGCGCCAGAAGCCGAUUACUUGGACGCGGCAGUAGUUUCGGUCCUCCAGACGCACGUCUCCCAGCCGCCCGGAGACAUCCUCGUGUUCCUGACGGGCCAGGAAGAAAUAGAAGCCGCGGUAGAGAACUUAUUGGAGCGCACAAAAGCAUUGGGAGCGCGCAUCAAGGAACUCCUCAUCUGCCCCAUCUACGCCUCCCUCCCGUCCGAACAGCAGGCCAAGAUCUUCGAGCCCACGCCGAAGGACGCGCGGAAGGUCGUGAUCGGCACGAACAUCGCUGAGACGUCUCUGACCAUCGACGGCAUAUGUUACGUCAUCGACACGGGUUUCUGCAAGCAGAAGACCUACAACCCCCGUUCUGGUAUUGAAUCGUUGAUCGUCACUCCAAUUAGUCAAGCGCAGGCGGCGCAGCGAGCCGGGAGAGCCGGUCGGACCCAACCGGGGACGUGUUUCCGGCUCUACACGAAGUGGAGCUUUGCGCAUGAGUUGGAAGAAAAUACGAUCCCCGAGAUCCAGCGGACGAACAUGAACUCCGUGGUGUUGAUGCUGAAGUCGCUGGGGAUCCACGAUUUGCUGCACUUCGAUUUCAUGGUCGCGCGCCGGCGUCUAGUCAUACGCCAUCGACGCGACGUCUGCUUCGACCCUUGAGACUCGCGUCGAUGGCGUAUGUGCUCUACGCCAUCGCCGCGACGCUCGCGCGAACACACACGGCACGCCAUCGCCGUCGACGCCCCGCGACGCCAUGACUCACGCAGGACCCGCCGCCCGCCGAGAUGCUCAUCCGAGCUUUAGAGCAGCUCUACGCGCUGGGAGCGCUGAACGAUCGCGGCGAGCUCACGAAGCUAGGCCGACGAAUGGCCGAGUUCCCGUGUGAUCCCCAGCUCUCGAAGGCGAUUAUUCUCGGAGACAAGUACGGGUGUGUCUCUGAGUGUAUUAUUGUGGGUGCCAUGUUGAACGCUGGAAAUGCCGUCUACUACCGACCGAAAGAUCGGGCGGUCCACGCGGAUAACGCUCGGAUGAAUUUUGCAAGAGGAGGCGGCGGUGAUCACGGCGCUUUGCUGCGCGUCUACAAGCAGUGGGCCGACGCGGACAUGUCGACGCAGUGGUGCUUCGAGAACUAUAUUCAGGCCAAGUCCAUGGUUAGGGCGAGGGAUGUGCGGGACCAGUUCGCUGGCCUUUGUGAGCGCGUCGAGCUCGAGUUGAGCGAAGCGUCCGACGUCGAAGCCUUGUCCAAGGCCAUCUGCGGCGGCUACUUCUACAACGCCGCCAAAUUGGCCUCUUCGGGAGAGUACAAAACUGUAAAACAGAUGAAGACCGUGUAUGUGCAUCCUUCCUCGGUCAUGGCCCACGAGGAGGUGAUGCCCAAGUGGGUCUGUUAUCAUGAAUUAGCGUUUACUUCCAAAGAGUACAUGCGCAACGUUUUACCGAUCGAGCCGGACUGGCUCUGCGAGAUCGCGCCGCACUACUACCAGACGUCGGAGCUGAAGGACUCGCGGAAGCAGAAGAUGCCCAAGGGCGUCGGGUUGGCGGCGGGUCGGGGGCAGAACCUGCCAUCUUAAUAGUUUAGGUGUGAA